AUGUUCACUAAAUCCAACACAAAGUUUUUAAACACGGAUCUAUUUGCCCAAAGGAAACACUUGGUGCCUCCAGGCCUUUCUCAUACUUCUGGCUAUGAAAUUUUGGACAAUUUACAUCACCUCGUAGACUUGGGUGUCUUCAUCUGUAAAAGCAGUUUAGCUGAAUCUCUCAGAGUAUCCAGUAAGCGUUACACUCCUUCGUUUCUUGGAAAGGAAAAUGACUCAUUUGCUGGAAAUAGACCAGGUAGCUCCAGGCAGUUUGCUGGGCACAGCCACAGCCAAGCUUGGGUGGGGCCUGAACUGCUGGGGUGGGUACCUGAUUAUUCAGUGCAAAGUCUCAGGUCCCAUGCUGCUGCAGAGCUUCAGCUCAGGAAUGUGGCUUAG